AUGGCACCUCCUGCUACUCCCCGACGCAUCGUUUUGUCGAACCUGCCCCUAGAUUCGACUGCAGAAGCAGCAGAUACGGAACCCGGAGUUGAAGUUUUUACAGAAGAAUUACAGACCGAGGAGUUAUUUAACGGUCUGCUGCGGAGAACCCCCGUUGGUACAGUUCCGACUGUUCCUGCCAGCAAUGAUGGACUAAGACUUCCAUCUAUUGGUACAGUUCCUGGGACCGGAAUUGUACUUCCUGGCGGUAUCAACAUCUACUUCCUUGACCUGGCUCCUGGGUCUGAAACACCCAUGCAUCGAACUCCGUCAUUAGACUUUGUAGCUGUCAAUGAAGGAACACCAACUCUUGUCACCCCGAAAGGGUCUUUCAGAACAGAGAAUGAGAAGGGAACUUUGGACGACGUUUGUGAGAAAACCUUACGACCUGGAGAUGUGGCUGUUCAACGUGGAGCAAUGCAUGCAUGGAUCAACCGAUCGGAUUCAUGGGUUCGAAUGAUGGGAGUUGUUGUUUCUGCGAAGCCAUCUGAAAUCGAAAUCGGCGACAAGGUAAAGACACUAGGCGAAAGAUGGCUUCAAUGA